AUGAGAGCAAACUCUGAUUAUCACGAUAUCAGACGACCUUAUGCAAUGCAAGGGAAUGGCUUUGCACAGCAAGAACGGAGAAAUCCAAGUGUUGACCUUGUCACUAAUACUUUACUAACUCCCCCCCCCCCUCCGUGAGCGAACAAAACCAUUAGAAAAAUCGCCAUUUUUUGACCAAAAACCCACCCUCCGUGAGUGAACAAAAAUUUUUUUAAUAGAAAAAAUUUUAAUGGAAAAAAAUUUUUGAUAUAUAAGUGAUAAUUAGUAUAAUGAAAUCUAGAGCUAAUUCUGUUUAAUUUUAAACAAAUUGCGUUUUAAAACAUAAAUUUUGCAAAUUAAAUUAAUAUUUGCUUCCCAAUUUUUGCAAAUUAGGAUUUUUUUAAAUUUCGAAAAAAAUAUUUUUUAUAAAAUUUAUAUAUAAAAUUUUUUUUAAAAAAAAAAUUAACCCCCCCUCCGUGAGCGAACAAAAUUUUUUUGUUCGCUCACGGAGGGGGGGGGGGAGUAAACAACCAAGCCGGCCUUUCUCAGUUUUUAGACAAUCCUCUAAUAAAAUCAAGUUUUGAUUUUCCUAUCAAAUACAAUGAGCCGACUCCACAAAUGAAGGCUCCUAAUAAUAUUAUCCCACCUGUCCCUUAUGAUAGAGAAAAACCAAAAAUCCAAGCCAGCUUAAAAGAUGAAAAUUCUUUUGAACAAAAAGAUGAAAAUUUCUUACCCCAAAUAAAUUUUUUAGUAUAAUUAGUUAAAAAAAUAUAAAAAUCUAAUUAGGAGAUAUUAGGGAAGUUAGAAACUUCAAUGCCCCGAAUGUCAAUUCUGAUCAGUAACCCUGGGCAGCAAACAGAACAAAUUUCAGUCCAAAAGCCACAAACUAUCAUUGGAGUUUCUAGAAAUCAACAAAUUCCUGAUUAUAUAUUAAAAUACCAUGGAGACGCACAAAUGAUUUUCCAAAUGGACUGUGGACAUCUUCUGGCCCAAGAGUCCUCAACUGAUAGAUAUGUUGCUUGCAAAAGAGUCCCAGAGUCACCUUUAACGAUUGGAUCAGUGUUUAAAAUUGGAAGUACAAGGAUACAAGUAGAAGAUAUCAAGAGGAAUGAGUCAAUUACAUUUAAAAUAUUUUCGAAAGAUAAAGGAGAAAGGCUGCAAACGGUCGCGAGGAAAGUGUUUUCUAUUGGAAGAUCUUCAGAAUGCGCAAUUAAUUUAUCAGACGAUUAUAGUGUGUCUAAAAAGCAUGCAGACGUAGAAAUUAGAUAUGGGAUUUGGGUGAUUUCGGAUGCAGGAUCAAAAAUGGGAAUUUUUAGGUAUUUCCAUAAUAAAAGCACAUUGGAAAGAGGAGAGAUGUCUCCGCUUAUGGAGGUCCAUGAUAAUGAUAUUAUCUCCUUGGGUGGGCCAACUUUGAGCAUUGAAGCUGAAGAUUGCGAAAAUUAA